CUAAAGCUCCACCCGCAUCAUGAAUGACACAGUAACUAUCCGGACCAGGAAGUUCAUGACCAACCGACUACUUCAGCGGAAACAGAUGGUCAUGGAUGUUCUUCACCCCAGAAAGGCAACAGUACCUAAGACAGAAAUUCAGGAAAAACUAGCCAAAAUGUACAAGACCACACCAGAUGUCAUCUUUGUAUUUGGAUUCAGAACCCAUUUUGGAGGUGGCAAGACAACUGGCUUUGGCAUGAUUUAUGAUUCCUUGGAUUAUGCAAAGAAAAAUGAACCCAAACGUAGACUUGCACGACAUGGCCUGUAUGAGAAGAAAAAGACGUCGAGAAAACAGCAGAAGGAAUGCAAGAACCGAAUGAAGAAAGUCAGGGGAACUGCAAAAGCUAAUGUUGGUGCUGGCAAAAAGUGAGCUGGAGAUUGGUCAACAGAAGGAGUAAAGAUGCUUCAGGGACUAUCUGGCGUUUGUGCAGAUUUUUCAUGAGAGGAUUAAUAAACUAAGAACUUU